CUGCUAUGUUGGUUAAACUGGUUCAAGGUUUUUCUGGGCACUGAAUUAACUUCAUUUAAAGGCCGGGGCAUGCUAAUCAGAGACCUGAGGGAAAGCUCGGAAAUCCUGUCCUCCUUCACCAAUCAUCGCUCUCAGACUCUUUCAACUAGACACCUCUCUGUUACGCAAUCAGGUUCGAGCAUGAUGGUGGCUUUCCUGUGUCUCAGCCUGUCCUCUCUGCUCACCCUGGCCACGGCAGGAGGGGUGAAGAACUGCCACCCGAAGUGCCGCUGUGAGGUGGAGAGCUACGGCCUGUUCGACAGCUUCAGCCUGACCAAGGUGGACUGUAGUGGGCUCGGACCGGGCGCCACUCCCAUCCCCAUUCCUCUAGACACAUCCCACUUGGACCUGUCCCACAACUCCAUCAGCCACAUCACCGACUCCAUGCUGUCAGGACCUGGAUACACGACUCUGGUCAGCUUGGAUCUCAGCAAGAACCUCAUAUCACGAGUGAGCUCCAAGGCCUUUAACAAACUACGUUACCUGGAGACACUGGACCUCAGCCAGAAUGUUCUAGAGAACCUCAGUGAUGGAUGCUUCUCCGGUCUCCCUUUAGCCGAGGUGGAUCUCAGCGACAACAGAUUUCGUGAGUUUGACCUAAAUGCAUUCAACACACGAGGCCAGGAAACCCCUAUCAGCGUAGAUCUUUCUAACAACCUUCUGAGCACGGUUUCUAGAAACCCUCACCUCCAUGCCCCCUACAUCAAGAGCCUGAUGCUGGCAGGCAAUCAGCUCAGGACAGUGCCCAGACUUGCAGGAAUUCCCUUGCAGUAUUUGAGCCUGGAUGGAAAUCUUAUCCGCAGUAUUGAAGAAGGAGACUUUGAGGAGCUGACAGAUCUCGUCUAUCUCUCUCUCAGCGGUCUCCCUGAACUGUCAGUCAUUCAUCCGAACAGCUUCAGAGGCCUGAGGAAUCUCCAAGUCCUGGACCUUUCAAACAACUUUCAGCUCAAGACUUUGAGUCCAGAUGUGUUUAAUGGACUGAGCGCUUUACAGGAGCUCAAUCUGUCUGAAUCAGUGGCGACUCCUUUGCCUGUGACCAUCUUUAACCACAUGCCAAGUAUUAAAAGUGCGACUCUGGGGCCAAAUAUGCAUUGCUGGAAAACACACAAGCAAGGACAGUUUCACAGGCAGAUAGGACAGGCGAAAACAAACGACAUUUUGACUUGUGAUGUUCCAGGAAUCAUAUUGUAAAAAAAAAAAAAAAAAAAAACUUGAAAAUACACUUAAGAAAUUGUAUUUUUAUUCUUUAGUGCCUUAUUUCUCCGAGGCUGAUAUUUCCACUUUGACUCCUUCAUUGGGCCUCAAUUAACAAUUUGUAAAUGUUCUCAUAGACCAAACCAAAUGUAGGAUUUGUGCCUGAUUUACAAAUGUUUCAGUGCUGAUUUUCUUCUUACUCCUAUGUGUGUUGAUAAAUGUCAAUCAGCCGUAAAAAACAAGUACAUUCAUUGCACAGAUUAUUUAUAUUUAGCCACACCCACAUAACUUAUCAUAAUUUAUGGAUAGCUUUCUUUCAAGACAUUAAUAUAAACAUUUUCACUAAAUUGGUAUGUAGAACUGAAAUAAUUAAGUCACUUAAACUUCUUCACUGUAAACUGUUUAUAAAAUUGUAGUGCCUUCUCAAUUAUAAGAUUUGAGGUCGUUCACAGUAGCGAGCUCACAGUAGAGAGUUUCCUUAUACGUAAAUUUACAAAAAUAUUUUUUUUCCCCCUGAAUUUCAAAUUGUCCUGUGAAAGAUUUCGUAUCCACUUUGCUAAAUGAGGUCCACUUGAGGUUUUUGCACAUGAAGCCAACCGAGGUUCAUGAAUUUACACAUCCUCAGUCUAUUUUUAUACAGAUGUGUGUAUAUAUAGUAUUAAGAGUUCAUUAGGAGCUCAUAUGCACUUUAAAUAGAACUGGCCUUUCUGUUCUUAUUACAUUCCUUUACUCUUUUAAUCCAGGCAUUUACCUGCUUGCUUUUCUUCACAUUUUUUUUUUAAAUAAGGGGCUGGUUUUUUUUGUUUUUUUUUUUUACAUUCCACGCAGUACAGACACUUUGGAUGUGCCUCAGGCAAAUUCGAGAACCACUUUAUACAUUUUAACCAAAGCCAAAUGAAAUUUCAGUGCCUUAAUGUGACACCAUGUACAUAUUGCAGCUCGCUAGAUGUCCUGGUCCUAGAACAAACAGUCUGCUAAGGGCUUGUGGUACCGGAGGGAUAUUUUAAAUAUUUGCACGUUUCGGACUUUCGGAAGAAAAGUAAUGACUGGAGUCAAAUCCAUCCCUGUUCAUAAAACCCGACUCAUAAUCUGACCAACCAACAAUGAGCUGAAAUAGUGAACUGUACAUUGAGAAUAAUUUAAAACUUGCAAGCUGUUUCUAACAUCAUCUUACAGUCAUGACAUUUAAUCAAGCGUUUAAUUCAACUGUGCUUUUCAAGUCCAAAUCACAUUGGAGCUGUGUCAAUUUUUUUUUUUGCACUUUAUCACCUUACAAACAGAGAUAAGUUAAAAACAUUUGUAAUUGUGGGUUUUGUAUAGAAUUGUACAUUUCUACCAAACUGUGUACAUUUUAUGGGUAAAUAAACUUUUUUUUUCUUCUU